UGUCACUUAACAAGGUUCACAGGCUGCAGAGAUGUGGCUUUACCUCUGCUUUCUCCUCGUAGGAUGCUUCUGUCACAGAUUUGCUGACAUUCCUGUAACGACUGUGCUGCAGAACACAGUGGCCGUGCUGCCCUGUCCUCAUAAGAAGGGAAAUGUGGAAUGGAGCCGCUAUAUAGGUGGUGAAAGGGUGAUUCUUGUCACAAUCGAAAAUGGCGAAGAGAAAAAAACUAACAAAUGCUAUGGUUCCCAGGCAGAUAAUUCGCUGUUGAUAACAAACGUUCAGUCUACUGACUCUGCAAUGUAUAUGUGCAAUAAAAGUCAAAUAUAUCUGAAAGUGACAACAGAUCCCAACAUGGUGGGUCCCAAUGCUGGAAAUGCACCAGUCACACCAAGAAACGAUGGACUGGGUUUUGGGUCUGUACCAGGCCUGAGGGGAGAAGCUGCAGCAGAGGAAGCAGACACAGAGACGCAGCGAUCCUCAGACCUUUGGAAAGUACCUGUUGGUGUCCUCGUGGGUGCUGCAUCAGUGCUUUUAGUCUUCUUCACCCUGAGAUUCUGCUCGAAAAAGAAAGCAGGGACAAACUCCAACAUGGUCGAAACUGUGACUGAGGUGAUUUAUGAGGAGAUCAAAGAUGGCGAGGAGCAGCCAAGGACGGAGUCUGAUGUUGAAAGUCCUUACUACUGGGCAAGCAUCACUGAAACACCAAGCAGCUUGUCACCACCAAAUUAUAAUCAGUACAGCACCGUUAACAAGCUAAAGACUGGAGGACGCAGCUAUGAGGAGUGUGUGUACUACUUUGCUCAAAAUCCACCACAGACAGGAAACAUUUAGUUCUCAGCAUUGGCGCUGACUGUCUGUUUAGAAACUGUUCACACUUAACAGGCUGAAUCCCAGAGUUGCACAAAUUGUUUAAAAAAUAUAUAUAUGUAUAAAACUUGGA